UUUUACCUUUUGUUAAGAUAAAGACUUGAGAAUUAAAAAAACUAAAGAACAUGUAGAACUCCAAUUGAUUUCUGAAGAUCAAAUAUAGUCAUUGAAAAAAGAUCGAUGAAUUGUUAUCCCAAAGUGUGUGUUACAGGAGGUUCUGGCUAUAUUGGUUCAUGGCUUAUCAAUAAGCUUUUACACAAGGGCUAUACUGUUCAUGCUACUUUCAGAAACUUGGAAGACACAUCGAAGGUUGACUUUCUAAAGUCUCUUCCAAAUGCUGAGAGCAACUUGGUACUUUUCCAAGCUGAUUUAUAUAAUUACAAUGACUUUGAACAAGCAAUUCACGGCUGUGAAUUCGUUUUUCAUGUUGCUACUCCUCUGCAACAUAAUCCUCAAUCCUCUCAGUACAAAGACAUGGCUGAAGCAACAGUGGCCGGAGCGAAAAACAUAGUUAAAAUUUGCAUUAGAUCAAAAACUGUCAAGCGUUUUAUCUAUACUGCAACAGUUCUAGCAGCUUCUCCAUUGAAUGAAGAUGGAAUUAGCUUCAAGUGUUGUAUGGAUGAAUCAUGUUGGACCCCUCUUCAUUUAUCGUUUUCUUACGGCAAUGGCUUUUGCAAGAGUUAUACUAAAGGAAAGACAUUAGCAGAGAGAGAAGUUUUGAAGUAUAACAAUAUGGAAUUAGAUGGUAAGAAACUACAAGUGGUAACUCUUGCUCUUGGGCUAGUAGGAGGAGAUACUUUUCUAUCUCAUGCGCCUUCUACUAUACAAGCGAUUUGUUCACAAGUUUCAGGGAAUUUACUUGGUUAUAAUCAUGGAUUGAGGUUCCUUCAACAAGUUUUGGGUUCAAUUCCUAUGGUUCAUGUUGAUGAUGUGUGUGAAGCUCAUAUAUUUUGCAUGGAGAAUUCAGAGGUUGAAGGUAGAUUUCUUUGUGCUGUUGCCAAUCCGACUAGUAGAGAUAUUGCACUCUACUUUCAACAACAUUACCCUCAAUGUAAGAUUGAUGAUAGAUUUAUGGGGGAGACAGAAGAAGAGAUAAAGUUUGAUUCCUCAAAGUUGUCAAAACUAGGUUUUGAGUAUAAAUAUGAUUUGCAGAAGAUUUUAGAUGAAAGCUUAGAAUGUGGCAAGCGAUUACGAGUGAUCUCUCACCCGUAAAUAACUGUUAUACUCCUUUCUUGAUCAGAAGUCUUUCAAGUUAAGAGUAUGGAACAGUUUUAAAAAACUUCAGUCUGAAUUUAUGAAAUUACAGCUCUAGACAUCAAGCGGUACCUAUACCCAGAAAAGGUCCUAGUGGAGCUAUGUGAGAUGUAUAAAAUUGUAUUUUUCAUUUUUUGCAAUUUAAUUUUGUGAUUCACUAUAGUAAAUAUUCAUGUCCUUUUCCAUUUUUAUGUUGCUAAA